GUUGGCCGCCAGCGGGUUAAGCUGAGCUCGCAGCAUACCAGACACGGAGCAUACAGGAAACAGUCCACCAUCAGACCCUCUGAUGACACCAUGCUAACGUUCCCAGGCCCGUGCAACGAGAGGUUGAUCGCGCCCGAGAUUUGAAGCCAUUCAUACAGUAUCUGUGGCAGACAAAGCAUGGCGACUCGCCUUGCCUUGAGCAUACUUUAUCCAAGCGAAAUAUUGCAUCGAGCCAGAUAGAAGCCUGGAACUGCAAAAGAGCGAGCCGUCAGAUCCAGCAGUGACUGCUGCUGAUGCAAGGAACCAUAUGUUCUGUCCAACCAAGUCCCUAGACUGCCGGAACGAACCCAGCGCUAGGCUUUUCUAGAAGGUGACAAUCUCUGGGUCAAGCACGAGAAGGCGUCUUGGGUCCGGUGGGCGUGCAUCGUGCAUCCAGUUGCUGAUCUCGACGGGUUACAAGAUCGCGGCAGUACUACGCGAGGGAUCGCUACCACCAUAAAUGCACCAUAAACUGGUCCGCCUCAAUCUUCGCUGGUGGCCUUCCAACUGGUAAAGAGCUUUUGUUGUUGCAGGUUACAUUGCAUGGGAAGCAAAUCCAGCAACAGCGCAACCUUCAGGCCAGAACACCCGGGGGACCGAGCGCUUUCGCCCACUCCGACCAUAACUUAACCACAACUAGUGAGGUAGGAUUGGGAUUCAAGCGCCCCCAGAAGUGCUCACAUCUCCGCCAAUAAGCAUGAUGGGGAUCCCCCAUGCGGACCCAGCAAGCCACAGGAGAUCGAUAGGUACUGGUCAGGGAGCCUAUCGGAGCCACCUUUCAAACGGAAUCGUCGGAUUGACGAGACCCUGUCCCUGCUUGUUCGUGCUUAGGCAACUCGCCUCCCUUUGGUCUACACACACUCAACCAUUUAUGCUCAAUUAAAUGCUAUCAAAACAUACGACGAUAAUGGUUGUAGAGUGGAUACUACAAUCCACACACUGAAUCAUGCUCGGACAUCCAAAGGUCCUCCGGGGCAACUUUAUGCCUGUUUUAUGGCCAGGUUUGUCUUCACACUCCUCUAGCCCCCACAGCGCCGGGGGUGUCCACUGUCUCGUCACUUCCCGGCACGUUUUAUUGAGUCGAGCCCGAUAACAUCUCGGAGGCGGAGACAUCUCACCUGAUAGACGAACUCUCUCUCCUAGUAGCAGCGGAUCACUUCAACCACUCUAUUCUUCUUCUGUCUUUCAUCCUUCUUCCCGUCUAUCAACACAACGAAACAACACAGUCGAUGUUAUCACCAUAACAUUAUAGCCACCUCCCGCUUUCAAAGACACAUUUCGAACCUACAAGGGGCAUGCUGCUCCUCUGAACCAGACACCUCUAUAUACCGAUAUUUCGCCGAUACAGCCGUCAUGGGCUUACGAGCACGACUACGAAAGAGGUUCUCCUCGUCCUCGAAGAUGAGCAGCACACCGGAUCCUAUUCUACCGAACGAACCCCAUUAUACCGCCCGAACCGACAUAGAAUACUAUAAACCGCACGAGAUUCCUCGAUCCAAAUACAGAGGCAAGGUUGAUCCGGAACAUCAAGCCAGCCUAGCCGCUUUCUCUCUCGCCGAUGCCUUCUCCGCGCCGGCUCGACGGAACUCUAUGGCCUUGUCUGGCACGUUUUCGCCAGGUGGCACCAAGGCGCAGAGUCUGGCGGCUAGCAGGAUACAGAGUAGAGCCCAGAGCAGAGUACAGAGCAGAGUGCCCAGCAGAAGACAGUCAUUCGAAGAAACAAUUCCCACGAGGACAGAAGAGGAACGCAGCAGCACCGACAGCUCAAGUCGGGAAAAGAGUAUUACUGCCAGUACGGUAUUGGACCGUGAUACCCCUAGCACGUCCCUUUCCGAGCGAACAACCCCAAUUCCCUCUGCACCAGUUGAACCGGCCAUGAAGCUCGCAAUGCAUGACAGUGGAAUUGAUAUUCCGGAUAUUGUACUUACAAAGCAAACCACGGCUCACGACACUCCCUUCACGGUCGAAGAGCUCGAGCAGGCCAUGACACGGGCUUCCCUGGGACCGAGACGAUUUGCCGUCAGCGGCGCUAUCUAAGCGGUUCGACCCUGUGAAGCGAGCAGACGCCAAGUUGCAGGAGAUGUUAAAACAUUAAAACAGCAUGACAUGAUGAUUUUGGGGAUUACGGCGUUCCGUCAUUAGAUUUGACGUGGAGACUUGGAAAUGGAAAGACGUGGUUAUGAUGAGAAGGGCGUUCGGGUCAAUAUUGGUGUUUUGAAAACACGAGACAGGGAUCGGGGGUUAGGAGGGUCAGCAUUUCGAUUAAAGCUGUACCGAAACCUCUGGUGGAAUGUUUGCAAAACACUGUUUCACUAUGAAUUGGUUGCAGCUGGUCAUGAAUCGCGUGUUAGCCAAUUUCAAAGCUGGCGAGCAACCAAGGACUGGAGCCUGGAACUGGUCAGCAUUGCCCAUUAUGUGGCUUUGUGAGGCUAAAGAUUAUUCUUCAACAAUCCAUGCUCGGUUGAAUUGAACGAGUUCCCAGACUGAUAUAUUUCCUCUUGCGGUGACAAACGUACGAUGCGUCUGCAAGUAUCCUUGAUCGCCACGUCCUCUAGGCCGUUUACCGCCUUGCUAUCCUCCUAAUUUGGCCAUAAUUUGACCUGGACAGAAUACAGGGGAUCUUCUUGCGUCGUCUUAAUGUGUAUUCAGGUGCCGGACCAUACCCUGCACAAUGCAUGCACCUAAGACGAGUGAGCGCAGACCUGUAGAGGUAGAAUUUGACCAACCCAACAGACGUGAAGACGGUGUCGAGGUUGGUAGGUCUGGUGGCUCGUAG